AUGUCGGAGAAUAGUACAAGCGCCUUAACUCCCAGCACGGAGAAGGCCGUUUCUAACGGCAAUGGCAAUGUCGCUGCACCUACACCUAACCCGCGCGAGGGCAUGCCUGCGUGGAAAUGGCAGGGGAGCAUGGUCGUCAUCCUGCUGACAACCUUGAUCAACGGCUACGACGUGAGCAACGUCGCCAACAUCCAGGCCCGCCUGUACGAAGCAUUUGGCAAUAUCCAGCUGCUCCCCUGGAUCGGACUCUCGUACAGUCUCGCCAACUUCGCUGUGCUCGGCUUCGCCCGGAAGAUCAUGCAGUGCUUUGACAUGCGCUGGAUCUAUAUCGUCAACGUCGUCAUUUUCAUGGCUGGCGCUGCUGUGGCCGGCGCGGCACCGAACAUCUCGGCUGUUAUUGUCGGACGUAUCAUCAUGGGCGUUGCCGGUGCGGUUGUUUACCAGAGUAACCUAACCUUCGUCGCCGUCUUUGCAUCCCCUGCCGAAACUCCUCGCCUGUUCGGCCUUCUCAGCGCAACCUGGGCCAUCGGGCUGGUGAUCGGCGGGCCCAUUGGCUCGGCCCUAGCUGCCAAUCCAGACACCACCUGGCGAUGGGCGUUCUACAUGAACCUUCCUUUUUGUGGUCUUGGCUUAGCAAUUAGUGUUCUAUGCAUCCCAUCGAAGUACCUGGGCCCCGAUAUCCCGGUCUUCCAAAGGCUCCGCAAGAUCGACCCCGUCGGCCUGAUACUCAACAUGGCGUCACCCGUGCUGUUCGCUCUCGCGCUCGAAUUCUCCGGCCCAGUCUGGGAGUGGGACUCCGGCAGCACAAUCGCCGUGUGGAUCAUAUUCGGCUUCGUGACGAUCGCCUGGGUCAUCCAGCAAGCCUUCUGCAUCUUCACUACCCCGGAAGAACGCUCCAUCCCAUGCCACCUCCUCACCCGCCUCGACCUCCUCCCUCUGUGGGUCGCAUCCGGCUGCGCAGGCGCCUCCUACGCUGUGACCCUCUACUACGCACCUCUCUUCUUCGCCUUCGCGCGCGGCCACGACUCCCUGCAGCAAACUGUCCGCAUACUCCCAUUCAUCCUCGUCUUCAUUGCCGUCGUGAUCUUCGUCGGCGGAGCCCUCCCGAAGAUCGGACGAUACGCACCGAUCUAUCUCCUCGCCGGUAUAUUUACGAUCUCCGCAUCCGCCGCAAUGGCAAAUACAAUGUCCGACCCAACGACCUCCGAGUCCACCAUAAUGGGCCUCGAAGCACUCAUCGGCAUCGGCCUUGGCUGCUCCUUCCAGCACGGUGUCGGUAUUUCCAACGUUAUCAACCAGCAGUCACCGCGCGACCGCGUCGACUCAGCCAUCCUCUUCAACAUGGCGCAGAUGGGCGCGAUAGCAAUCGUUCUCGCUGUGGCCGGGAGUAUUUUCCAGAACGUCGGCUUCACCUUCCUCCGCGACGCGGUCGGUGAUCGCGGGUAUUCCGAGGAGGAUCUGCGUCAGGCGUUGGCCGGUGUCUCGAGCGUUGUCUGGCAGAGUCGCGAUCCUGAGGUCUUGGGUAACGGCAUUGAGGCGGUUAGUAAGGUAAUUGCGAGAGAAUUCUACCUUGUUCUUGCGAGCGGUGUCCUUUGUCUCGUCUGUGCGUUGGGCAUGGGGUGGAGGAGGUUGGAUUAUGGGGCUGCGGUGCCGAAGAUCGAGGCUGAGUCUGGAGAUUCUGACAGGGUAAGGGUGGAGGCUCGGGCUUGA